UUCAAUUGCUUGGUCAAACUGUAGACAAGUUGUGACAAGAGAGAGCAUUGUGUAGCAUGUUAAGUUUUUAGGAUAUUAAAACAUGGAUGAUGAAGAAGUACAAGUGUAUAUGGAUCGGGUAGAGAGCAUCGCUCAAUGCCCAGUGUGCCUGGAGUUGGUCAGGUCACCAGUUGUGUUGUGUGUCAACGGACACGCAACUUGUGGCCAGUGUAGGAACAAUGCUGCCAAGUGCCAUGUGUGUUGCCGACCGUUCAGUGACGUCCCUCCCAGGGUCUUGGAGGAGCUGCUGUCAGUGUUGCCACAGCUCUGUCCUAAUGGAAUGUGUCGGGCUUUUACCAUCUUGGAUAUGCACUCCAAGUACUGUGUUUACAGACAGAUAAAGUGUAGAGUUACCAACUGUCAAUGGUCUGGAGCCGUCAUCGAGUGGUUUGAACACAUCAACAACCAUAGCUUUUACUUUGCUAAAUAUCAGCUAAAAGUCACUACAUGCUUGGUAAUCAACAGAUUCCUAGACGAUUGGAAAUCUGAGUAUUACAAUCAGCUAGUUGGAAAACAAUAUUUAAUUUUUAAACUUUGGAAGAAAGGAAACAAACUUUAUCAUAGCUUUAGACAUGUUAAGUGUGAGAAAUCUAGUGUUGAGUACUACGUGAUAGUAAAGUACAAGUGUGGUCAGCAAACUCUGUUUAAAUCUAUGAUCGAAGUCUUGCCAUAUGAGGAUGAUGAGUCCAUGGAGACUAAUGCAGCUGUUUUCAAUAUCGAAAAAUUGAAGAAACUUGUUGAUGAAAGUGGCCAAUUGUCAGUCUUUGUCACUGUAGACACUUUUCCCUCUUAGGGAAGGUGAAAUAACUGUGUGAAACUUUUGUUGCAUUUUUUAGCAUAGAUUAAGUCGAUGCAUGUUUUUGUUUUAAAAUUUUAUGAGAAUGCAUAACUAUAUAAAUAAAAUUAGAGUUUUGUCUGUAUAUUGCUCAGAAUUAUAUAUAUUU